GAGCGACCCGCGUGCAUAGGCUCACAUGGCAAGCCUUGAGGACACUCUUGGAAAAGAGAUCUCAGUUUUCUUCACAAUCCUAGUGCUAUACUGCACCGCUGCAUCGUUAGUACUCGCUCAGUAUGAGACCAAGUACUGGCGAGAGCUUCCCUCAGGUCGAAAAUUGUUGUGCGACCGAUGCCCUCCAGGUUUCCGUCUGCAGGCACACUGCACGGAGACAGAGCCUACACAAUGUGCGGCCUGUGAUGCGGGCUACUACACCCAGUACUGGAACUACGUCUACGAUUGCCUGCCAUGUAACUGGUGUUCAGGAGAUGAAGUCGUGAUGCAGGAGUGCACGAGAUCCAGUAACCGUGUGUGUGGGUGCAAGGCAGGGUUUUACCGGGACUCAUAUUUUUGCAAGCCACAUACGGUGUGUGAAAAAGGAUAUGAAGUGAAAGAAAUGGGAACUCCAGACAGAGACAUGGUGUGUAAGCCAUGCAUUGAGGGAUUUUAUUCAGCUGGAAAAAACACACCGUGCAUUCCGCACAAAGCGUGCAAAUCAGAGGAGAAGCUCCUGUCCCACGGCACCAGCAGUUUUGACCACUAUGUUUGGGUGAAAAUGAUUAAGGAGCUCUUUAUUGAAAUCUUCAAGAAUUACUAUAAUCGGAAGCUACAUCACUACAUUAAACACUUGGAGAACAUCCGUAUAAUCUUUUCCAUCCGAGAUCUGGAUGGUGGGCUUCAGUUGCUGCAGCAGUGGCUUAGCGAGGCAACAGACCAGCAGGUUAAAGACCUUACCAAAGAUUUGCAGUACACCGGUGUGAAGCACCUGGCCAACAAACUUGAGCAGAAAAUUAGAAGCAUCCAAAAUGAAGUCCAUCUAUGCAAAAGCAGUUUUAUGACGCCCAUAAUUAAUUACCCGCCACCUUCAAUGUUUUUGCACGUGUACAUUGUAUUUCGCACAUAUUUUAUUGUUUAUAUACACAGUACCAGUCAAAUGUUUGGACAUACCUUCUUUUCUGAUAUUCAUUUAUUUGAGAAUUAUGCAAUUAUCUCAGUUAUUAUUGAGAUGUGUCUGCUACUUAUGCUCUGUAAAGCCUUCAUAAGGGCUCUAAUCUGAGAUGCUGUUUGUUAACUGGUGAUUUCUGAGGAUGGUAACACUAAAUGGACCUCAUGAGACCCAGUUUCAUCAUGGUGCUUGAUGGGUUUUGCGAACUUACUUUGUUACACUUGACAACACUAUUUUUGCAAGAACUAUUCUAAAACGGCUGAAAUUUUACAUAAUUACCUAAUUCCAUAUGUGUUAUUUCAUAAUUUUGAAGUCUCCAGUAGUGUAGAAAAUAACAACCUUAAACAAGGUGUGUCCAAACUGCUACACUGUUAACAGUACAAAAAGGUGUUUUGCAGAAAAAUAUGAAAUUUUAAAAAGCCGCUGUCUUUUGCCUUUUUCCAUUUAAAAGUAAAUGUCUUUCUUUAAUUAAUACACAUUUAAUCAUUUCAAAAGUUCAUAGCAAGUAUAAAAAGUCUUUCACUUUAUAUUAUGUUGUAAAGAGGG